AUGGAGGCCAGUGAGCGCGGGGCGGGCGGGGACACGCGCGCGCCCAAGGGCCGGGGCGCGCCGGCGGAGCGGGAGCGGGAGGCCGCCCUGCUGCAGCAGCUGCUCCGCCGCCGCCCCCGGGGCCCCGAGCCCGGCCCGGCGCUGCCCGCGCUGUCGGGGCCCGGCGGCGAGGAGGGGCCGGGGUCGGGGCCGGGCCCGGGCGAGCUGCCGCUGGCCGAGCUGGCGCUGCGGGCGCUGGUGGAGCACGGGCUGGAGAGCGCCGACCCCGCGCUGCGCACCGCCACCGCGCUGCUGCUGCCCGCGCUGCUCGGGCCGCCGCUGCCCCGCGGCCUGGACCUGGGCGAGCUCACCCUCAGCCUGGCCAGGAAGCUGGGCGCGCCGGCCCGGCCCGGGGGCGGCCCGGGGGAGGAGGCGGCCGCCGCCUUCAGCAGCCUCCGGCAGCUGGGCGAGAGCCUGGGGCCCGAGCGCUUCCACGGCUACCUGGGCCGCCUGCCCGCCGCCCUGCGCGGCCACUACAAUCGCCUGCUGGAGGCCCGGCUCGGCGAGGACCUGUGCGGCGGUGGCGGCGGCGGGGACACCUCGGGGCCCCGGCCCCCGGAGCAGGAGCCCCUGAGCACCAACCUCAAGUUCGGGCUGAUCCCUCAGGAGCUGCACGGCCGCCUGCUGGACCAGGAGGAUUACAAGAACCGCACCCAGGCUGUGGAGGAGCUCAAGCAGGUGCUGAAAGAUGCCUCCCCUGCCUGCCUGGCCUCCACGCCCGCCCCCAGCCUGCUGGGGCUCAUCAGCUUCCUCUACACCCUUCUGGAUGACUCCAACUUCAAGGUGGUGCAUGGCACCUUGGAGGUGCUGCACCUGCUGGCCCUGCGCCUGGGCGAGCAGGUUCAGGCCUACCUGGGACCCUUAGUGUCGGCCGCUGCCAAGGUGCUGGGUGACAACAAACUGGCCAUCCGGCAGGAGUAUAAUCAGCUCUUCUGGCGCUUGAUGAAGGCGGUGGGUCCCCAGCAGGUACUGUGCCUGCUGCUGCAGCCAGAGCAUCUACAGCACAAGAACUCCAAAGUCAGGGAGGAGGUGGUGAACAUCUGCAUUGGGUCCCUACUCACAUACCCUAGUGAGGACUUUGACUUGCCCAAGCUGGCGUUUGGGUUGGCACCAGCCCUGGUGGACAGUAAGCGGCGGGUCCGCCAUGCUGCCCUGGAGGCCUUUGCGGUGUUGGCCUCUUCCAUGGGCUCAGGCAAAACCAGUCUCCUCUUUAAGGCUGUGGAUGCUGUGGAAUUGCAGGACAAUGGGGAUGGAGUGAUGCACGCUGUACAGGCCAGGCUGGCCAGGAAAACCUUGCCUAAGCUAACAGACCAGGGGUUUGUGGAGUAUGCUGUGCCCAUGCCAUCCUCUGCCCAUGGCAGGGGGGUCCAUCUGCCCUAUGGAGCAGACACAGAUUGGUUGCUGGCAGGCAACAGGACUCAGAGUGCACACAGUUACUGCGGGGAUCACACAAGGGAUGCUACACAAAACUAUGGCUCUCACAGCCCCUAUACUGAUCAAGGGAUAUGUCCCAGAAGGGUUUUAAGUGCAGGUAAAGGAAAAAACAAACUGCCUUGGGAAAAUGAGCGAGCUGGAGGCACAGGAGGCUGUUCAGGAAACCAGACAUCUUUUACAAAGGGCGUAGAGCAGGAAACUUUUCAUGAAUGUGGAACUUCAGAAAUUACCUCUUGUUCACUGCUUGAAGAGACAAUCCUCUCCGUGACAUCACAACUGUUCUGUCCAUACAAUGAUUUCCUUCAUUCUCCAAAAUUAAGAUCGUCUCAAGGAAUGCCAGUCAGUGGUGAUUUAUUUUUUAGCAGAAAAAAAGCUUCAAGGAAUUUAUUUCAGAAUAGUCUAGAUCUUAACUCUGAGCAUUCUGCUGUUUGUCCUGGUGGUGUGGGCUCUCAUCAACCACAUAUUUCAGGGAAAUGUGGACCACUUGGAUACUCUCAGAUACGUGGAAAGAGUGGUAGUGUGGGUUCUGAUUUACAACUUUUAGGAUUAAAUAACCAUCGGCAAGAUAAAGUUUGUGCCAGCCUAAAUUUUACCAAGACCCAACGAACUUUUUGCAGUCCAGCAGAGCGUACUUUGUCCUUUCCAAGUUCUAACACAAGCCAAGGGGCCUUCAUUCUUCCAUCUUAUCCACUCUCAUCACCUAGAAACAGUCCAAAGCACACCUCCCCUCCUGCUGAAUCUCCAAAGAAGUCUCAAGAUCAUGCUGUUAGCUUUUCAAAUUCCUGGCCUCUUAAGAGCUUUGAAGGGUUGCCCAAGCCAAGUCCUCAGAAGAAGCUUCUCAAUCAAAAGUCAGGAGACAAUGCAGGGGAAAAUUCACAGGAGAAGCAUUCUCCAAUUCAGCUUAAACCAGCCUUGGUGAGAUCGCCAGCUUCACGGAGAGGAUUGAAUGGGACCAAACCUGUCCCCCCAAUACCAAGGGGGGCAAGCCCGUUGCCUGAUAAAUCUGAAUUAAACACAGCGGGACAGAAAAAUGAAGUGUCUGAUGAUAUUUGGAAGAGUGAAAAAGACAAGAAACUUGCAGUUGAUCUUUCAGAAUUAAAUGUCCAUGAUAAGGAGUCAGACCAGGAAGAGAUGCAGAGUUCACUUAGGUCUCUCCGUAAUAGUGCAGCUAAGAAGAGGGCAAAACUGAGUGGCAGCACUUCAGAUCUCGAGAGCCCCGAUUCGGCGCUUAAACUUGAUCUGACUAUGGACUUCCCUUCCCGCACUUCCUCUCCAAAUGUGAGCUCUUACAGUGAAAGUGGAGUUUACAGUCAGGAAUCUUUGACUUCGCCAGUGUCCACAACCCCUCAGGGAAAGAUAACCAGUUCAGACAUCUUUCCUCUACUUGGAUGCAAAUCACAUCCAGCAAGACUGUCUUCAGCAAGGAAUAGAAGUACUAAUGUAGAACAGAACUCCAGUGCAGGGAUAACAUUUCAUGAUAAAGCAACCUCUAAUGUGAGCAUAAUUGGCCAACGUCUGAACUAUGGAAAUGGAUCUGGUGAUUAUGAAGAUGACAAGCAGAGAGAAGUAUCACCUUGUGUUUUUAAAGGUCAGAACAAAGAGCAUCAAAGGCAUUGUAAACCUACAAAAGGAUUUACAGGGUCAACAUCUAGUUUACAGCAAAUUAACAACCUAGACUUCAUUUCACCGAGUGCCCUGUCUGAAGAUUCUGUAGUAAUUGUUGGAAAAGGUGUUUUUGGAAGCCCCCCAUCUGCUUCAUUAACAUACAGCCAGUCCAUGAUAUCGUGUGUGGAGAACGGAGACGUCCUUUCUCUCAAACAAGGCAUUGAGCCUCUCUCAGGGAUCUAUGGGAGAGCUGUCCAGCAGAACAGUGCACCUUUCCUUGAUACUGAACAUGAGAAAGAUAUGAAAGUUGCCAUGUCAAAAUCUGCCCGGGAUAAGAUGAGGCAGAAGAAGAAAGAAGAAAAAGAACAGAGUCAUAAAGAACAUCCGGAAGUCAAUGAUGUUGAAAAAAAGGAACAAAAUCCCUGGGAACGACUUAAACAUAGUGAACCAGAGAAAAUGGCAACAGAAAGUCUAAGUUUUUAUGGAGAUGUGUUAAUAACAUCCAAGAAUGAGUCUUUAUCUUUAGAAGAUGUUGCCUUCAGUACUUCACUAAAAAGAACAUCCAGUUUAAAGAAGACACAGUCUUCAGUCUUGCUAGAUUCAGAUGAAACAUCUCCUGGACUGCGAGGGCAGCAUAAGGAUCGGACCCCAUCAGUCAUGCAUAGUCCAGAGAUAAUGGAUCCAUCAGAGUUGCGACCCUUUUCAAAACCUGAAACAGCACUGACAGAAGCAUUGCGACUUUUAGCUGAUGAUGACUGGGAGAAGAAGAUUGAAGGACUGAACUUUGUUCGAUGUUUGUCUGCCUACCAUGCUGAUGUGUUGACUGGAAAGCUGCAUGAAACAAGUCUGGGUGUAGUUCAAGAGGUGAAGAAUUUACGCUCAGGCGUUUCCCGAGCUGCUGUAGUCUGUUUAGGGGAUUUGUUCACCUACCUGAAAAAGAGCAUGGAUCAAGAACUAGACAGUACUGUAAAAGUCCUGUUGCACAAAGCCGGGGAAUCCAACACCUUUAUAAGGGAAGACGUAGACAAAGCAUUGAAGGCUAUGGUUAAUAAUGUGACUCCAGCACGUGCACUUUGUUCUCUCAUAAAUGGAGGUCAAAGUCAUUUGCACACUGCAGUGAGAAGAUGCACAGCCCAGCACUUAUCAGAUGUGGUGGAACGAAUGGGACCAGGACGGAUAUUAUCUGGAAUUAAGGAUGUUACUGACAGGAUUUUACCUGCCGUAGCCAAGUUUGCGCAGGAUGGCUCACAAGAAACAAGGUACUAUGGUCGAAAGAUGCUCUUCAGUAUGAUGACUCACCCAGACUUUGACAAAAUGCUUGAAAAGUAUGUGCCGUCUAAGGAUUUACCUUACAUUAAGGAGUCUGUCACCAGUCUACGUCAAAAGGGCCUAGGAGAGAUGCCUCUAGACACACCGUCAGCCAAAGGAAGACGUUCUCAUACUGGGAGCAUUGGACAUUCAAGGUCAUCAUCCAUUUCGAGAGACGCUCUCAAUAUCACUGAAAGAGAGAUUUCAGAAGCACGUGAAAUUACAAGAAAACCAGUUGCUCGUAAUUCACUAGAAAGUGCAGAAUAUGUUAAGGUCAUUACAAGCUUACUGAAUGCAAAAGACUUCCGGGACAGAAUUAAUGGAAUUAAACAACUGUUAUCAGACACAGAGAACAAUCAAGACCUUGUUGUUGCGAACAUUGUGAAGAUCUUUGACGCUUUCAAGUCUCGCUUACAUGACUCCAAUAGCAAAGUAAAUCAGGUAGCUCUAGAGACAAUGUACAAGAUGAUUCCUUUGCUGAAAGAUAACUUAUCACCUGUUAUCAACAUGUUGAUUCCAGCCAUGGUAGACAACAACCUGAACUCUAAGAAUCCAGGGAUCUAUGCUGCUGCCACAAAUGUUAUUCAAGCUCUUUGUCAACAUUUAGAUAAUUACUUGCUUCUCCAACCAUUCUGCACAAAGGCCCAGUUUUUGAAUGGAAAAGCAAAACAAGACAUGACUGAAAAGCUUGCUGAUCUUGUUAUGGAGCUGUACCCACGGAAGCCUCAUGCUAUAGAGCAGAAAGUUUUAGUUGUCCUGUGGCAUCUCUUAGGAAACAUGACAAACAGUGGCUCGCUGCCUGGAGCUGGAGGAAAUAUUCGGACAGCUACAGCUAAAUUAUCAAAAGCACUUUUUGCACAAAUGGGUCAAAGCCUGUUAAUCCAGGCUGCAUCUCAGCCACCACACAUUAAAAAGAAUUUAGAAGAAUUUCUUGAUAUAGCUACCUAAAAUAAACGGUGUGUAUGUGUGUGUAGAUCAAUCAGUACAUACACUAUACGACAGACUGAUAACUGUUUACAUGAAGACAAGUGAAACAAUUCUAAAGUUGCUUUUUCACAGUGCCUGCACUUUCAUGUAGAAAACUAGAAUGGCUGCCUUUAUUGACAACCUGUAGAGCACCUCACUGUCCUGUACCAGCACAUGUACACCAAAUCAGUAUAACACUCACGAACUGUCCUCACCAGUGUUGCUUGCAGGCCACAUGGAAGUAUCUAAGGUCUUUAAAGAGAAGUCAGUCCUGCUCAUUUGCACUCUUCUUUAGAAAUUACAGCACAGUACCCUGUAUGUAAUAAUAGAUAUGAAAUUUGUAAUGAAUAAUAUACUUUUUAUUAUGUAAUCAUGUUCUGACAUGUUUUCUCACUUAGCCUUACUUAUGUAAGUGGAAAAAAUCCUUGAGUGAUGUAUAUGGUACCAAGAACAGGGGUUUGCGUGACAUUUGUGAAAAAUAUGUAUUUCUUAAAUCAGUCCACUUAUGAUUGUGCAGUAUUAGCUUGCUAUUGCUCCUGUUACAUUGAUGUAACAUUCGUUUGACAGUUGGGCAUAAUCAGCUGCACAGAUGUAAAAUUUUAACAGGUUAUAAUGAAGCAUGAUGACAAAAAAAUUUAGGAAAUGAAUAAUUUUUACAGAUUUUGAAAUACACAUUUAUCUUAAAAAAAAAUAAAAAAUCCAGGUGGUGAAUGUAACUUCUGUAGUUUUGUUUAAAAACACUAAAUUUAAUCUUUAUCUGUCAAUUAUUUAUAAAGGUGUUAUCUCUCAGCCCAGGUGUGUAAUUCUCAACAACAUAGUGCCAGGUCUUCAAUAGCUUUUUUCAGAGUUCUCCGGCUACAAGUACUGUACUCAUUUUAAAAAGAAAAAGGAAUGUUAUAAAAAAUAAAUGGAUUUAUUUCUGUAAAAUUG